AUGGGUUCAACAGCUCCUCCCUCUGUACCUCCUCCCAGGGUUCAACAGCUCCUCUGUACCUCCUCCCAGGGUUCAACAGCUCCUCCCUCUGUACCUCCUCCCAGGGUUCAACAGCUCCUCCCUCUGUACCUCCUCCCAGGGUUCAACAGCUCCUCUGUACCUCCUCCCAGGGUUCAACAGCUCCUCUGUACCUCCUCCCAGGGUUCAACAGCUCCUCCCUCUGUACCUCCUCCCAGGGUUCAACAGCUCCUCCCUCUGUACCUCCUCCCAGGGUUCAACAGCUCCUCCCUCUGCACCUCCUCCCAGGGUUCAACAGCUCCUCCCUCUGUACCUCCUCCCAGGGUUCAACAGCUCCUCCCUCUGCACCUCCUCCCAGGGUUCAACAGCUUCUCCCUCUGUACCUCCUCCCAGGGUUCAACAGCUCCUCUGUACCUCCUCCCAGGGUUCAACAGCUCCUCCCUCUGCACCUCCUCCCAGGGUUCAACAGCUCAUCCCUCUGUAAGUCCUCCCAGGGUUCAACAGCUCCUCCCUCUGUACCUCCUCCCAGGGUUCAACAGCUCCUCCCUCUGUACCUCCUCCCAGGGUUCAACAGCUCCCCCCUCUGUACCUCCUCCCAGGGUUCAACAGCUCCUCCCUCUGUACCUCCUCCCAGGGUUCAACAGCUCCUCUGUACCUCCUCCCAGGGUUCAACAGCUCCUCCCUCUGUACCUCCUCCCAGGGUUCAACAGCUCCUCCCAGGGUUCAACAGCUCCUCUGUACCUCCUCCCAGGGUUCAACAGUUCCUCUGUACCUCCUCCCAGGGUUCAACAGCUCCUCUGUACCUCCUCCCAGGGUUCAACAGCUCCUCCCUCUGUACCUCCUCCCAGGGUUCAACAGCUCCUCCCUCUGUACCUCCUCCCAGGGUUCAACAGCUCCUCUGUACCUCCUCCCAGGGUUCAACAGCUCCUCUGUACCUCCUCCCAGGGUUCAACAGCUCCUCCCUCUGUACCUCCUCCCAGGGUUCAACAGCUCCUCCCUCUGUACCUCCUCCCAGGGUUCAACAGCUCCUCCCUCUGCACCUCCUCCCAGGGUUCAACAGCUCCUCCCUCUGUACCUCCUCCCAGGGUUCAACAGCUCCUCCCUCUGCACCUCCUCCCAGGGUUCAACAGCUUCUCCCUCUGUACCUCCUCCCAGGGUUCAACAGCUCCUCUGUACCUCCUCCCAGGGUUCAACAGCUCCUCCCUCUGCACCUCCUCCCAGGGUUCAACAGCUCCUCCCUCUGUACCUCCUCCCAGGGUUCAACAGCUCCUCCCUCUGUACCUCCUCCCAGGGUUCAACAGCUCCUCCCUCUGUACCUCCUCCCAGGGUUCAACAGCUCCUCUGUACCUCCUCCCAGGGUUCAACAGCUCCUCUGUACCUCCUCCCAGGGUUCAACAGCUCCUCCCUCUGUACCUCCUCCCAGGGUUCAACAGCUCCUCCCUCUGUACCUCCUCCCAGGGUUCAACAGCUCCUCCCUCUGCACCUCCUCCCAGGGUUCAACAGCUCCUCCCUCUGUACCUCCUCCCAGGGUUCAACAGCUCCUCCCAGGGUUCAACAGCUCCUCUGUACCUCCUCCCAGGGUUCAACAGUUCCUCUGUACCUCCUCCCAGGGUUCAACAGCUCCUCUGUACCUCCUCCCAGGGUUCAACAGCUCCUCCCUCUGUACCUCCUCCCAGGGUUCAACAGCUCCUCCCUCUGUGGGUUAAACAGCUCAUCCCUCUGUACCUCCUCCCAGGGUUCAACAACUCCUCCCUCUGUACCUCCUCCCAGGGUUCAACAGCUCCUCCCUCUGUACCUCCUCCCAGGGUUCAACAGCUCCUCCCUCUGUACCUCCUCCCAGGGUUCAACAGCUCCUCCCUCUGUACCUCCUCCCAAGGUUCAACAGCUCCUACCUCUGUACCUCCUCCCAGGGUUCAACAGCUCAUCCCUCUGCACCUCCGCCCAGGGUUCAACAGCUCCUCCCUCUGUACCUCCUCCCAGGGUUCAACAGCUCCUCCCUCUGUACCUCCUCCCAGGGUUCAACAGCUUCUCUGUACCUCCUCCCAGGGUUCAAUAGCUCCUCCCUCUGUACCUCCUCCCAGGGUUCAACAGCUCCUCUGUACCUCCUCCCAGGGUUCAACAGCUCCUCCCUCUGUACCUCCUCCCAGGGUUCAACAGCUCAUCCCUCUGCACCUCCUCCCAGUGUUCAACAGCUCCUCUGUACCUCCUCCCAGGGUUCAACAGCUCCUCCCUCUGUACCUCCUCCCAGGGUUCAACAGCUCCUCUGUACCUCCUCCCAGGGUUCAACAGCUCCUCCCUCUGUACCUCCUCCCAGGGUUCAACAGUUCCUCUGUACCUCCUCCCAGGGUUCAACAGCUCCUCUGUACCUCCUCCCAGGGUUCAACAGCUCCUCCCUCUGUGGGUUCAACAGCUCAUCCCUCUGUACCUCCUCCCAGGGUUCAACAGCUCCUCCCUCUGUACCUCCUCCCAGGGUUCAACAGCUCAUCCCUCUGCACCUCCUCCCAGGGUUCAACAGCUCCUCUGUACCUCCUUCCAGGGUUCAACAGCUCCUCCCUCUGUACCUCCUCCCAGGGUUCAACAGCUCCUCCCUCUGUGGGUUCAACAGCUCCUCCCUCUGUACCUCCUCCCAGGGUUCAACAGCUCCUCCCUCUGUACCUCCUCCCAGGGUUCAACAGCUCCUCCCUCUGUACCUCCUCCCAGGGUUCAACAGCUCCUCCCUCUGUACCUCCUCCCAGGGUUCAACAGCUCCUCCCUCUGUACCUCCUCCCAAGGUUCAACAGCUCCUACCUCUGUACCUCCUCCCAGGGUUCAACAGCUCCUCCCUCUGUACCUCCUCCCAGGGUUCAACAGCUCCUCCCUCUGUACCUCCUCCCAAGGUUCAACAGCUCCUACCUCUGGUUCAACAGCUCCUCUGUACCUCCUCCCAGGGUUCAACAGCUCCUCCCAGGGUUCAACAGCUCCUCUGUACCUCCUCCCAGGGUUCAACAGCUCCUCCCUCUGUACCUCCUCCCAGGGUUCAACAGUUCCUCUGUACCUCCUCCCAGGGUUCAACAGCUCCUCUGUACCUCCUCCCAGGGUUCAACAGCUCCUCCCUCUGUACCUCCUCCCCGGGUUCAACAGCUCAUCCCUCUGCACCUCCUCCCAGGGUUCAACAGCUCCUCCCAGGGUUCAACAGCUCCUCUGUACCUCCUCCCAGGGUUCAACAGCUCCUCCCUCUGUACCUCCUCCCAGGGUUCAACAGUUCCUCUGUACCUCCUCCCAGGGUUCAACAGCUCCUCUGUACCUCCUCCCAGGGUUCAACAGCUCCUCCCUCUGUGGGUUCAACAGCUCAUCCCUCUGUACCUCCUCCCAGGGUUCAACAGCUCCUCCCUCUGUACCUCCUCCCAGGGUUCAACAGCUCCUCCCUCUGUACCUCCUCCCAGGGUUCAACAGCUCCUCCCUCUGCACCUCCUCCCAAGGUUCAACAGCUCCUCCCUCUGUACCUCCUCCCAGGGUUCAACAGCUCCUCCCUCUGUACCUCCUCCCAGGGUUCAACAGCUCCUCCCUCUUUACCUCCUCCCAGGGUUCAACAGCUCCUCUGUACCUCCUCCCAGGGUUCAACAGCUCCUCCCUCUGUACCUCCUCCCAGGGUUCAACAGCUCCUCCCUCUGUACCUCCUCCCAGGGUUCAACAGCUCCUCUGUACCUCCUCCCAGGGUUCAACAGCUCCUCCCUCUGUACCUCCUCCCAGGGUUCAACAGCUCCUCCCUCUGUACCUCCUCCCAGGGUUCAACAGCUCCUCCCUCUGCACCUCCUCCCAGGGUUCAACAGCUCCUCCCUCUGUACCUCCUCCCAGGGUUCAACAUCUCCUCUGUACCUCCUCCCAGGGUUCAACAGCUCCUCCCUCUGUACCUCCUCCCAGGGUUCAACAGCUCCUCCCUCUUUACCUCCUCCCAGGGUUCAACAGCUCCUCUGUACCUCCUCCCAGGGUUCAACAGCUCCUCCCUCUGUACCUCCUCCCAGGGUUCAACAGCUCCUCCCUCUGUACCUCCUCCCAGGGUUCAACAGCUCCUCCCUCUGUACCUCCUCCCAGGGUUCAACAGCUCCUCUGUACCUCCUCCCAGGGUUCAACAGCUCCUCCCUCUGUACCUCCUCCCAGGGUUCAACAGCUCCUCCCUCUGUACCUCCUCCCAGGGUUCAACAGCUCCUCCCUCUGUACCUCCUCCCAGGGUUCAACAGCUCCUCCCUCUGUACCUCCUCCCAGGGUUCAACAGCUCCUCUGUACCUCCUCCCAGGGUUCAACAGCUCAUCCCUCUGCACCUCCUCCCAGGGUUCAACAGCUCAUCCCUCUGUACCUCCUCCCAGGGUUCAACAGCUCCUCCCUCUGUACCUCCUCCCAGGGUUCAACAGCUCCUCUGCACCUCCUCCCAGGGUUCAACAGCUCAUCCCUCUGUACCUCCUCCCAGGGUUCAACAGCUCCUCCCUCUGUACCUCCUCCCAGGGUUCAACAGCUCCUCCCUCUGCACCUCCUCCCAAGGUUCAACAGCUCCUCCCUCUGCACCUCCUCCCAGGGUUCAACAGCUCCUCCCUCUGUACCUCCUCCCAGGGUUCAACAGCUCCUCUGUACCUCCUCCCAGGGUUCAACAGCUCCUCCCUCUGUAGCUCCUCCCAGGGUUCAACAGCUCCUCUGUACCUCCUCCCAAGGUUCAACAGCUCCUCCCUCUGUACCUCCUCCCAGGGUUCAACAGCUCCUCCCUCUGUGGGUUCAACAGCUCAUCCCUCUGUUCAACAGCUCCUCCCUCUGUACCUCCUCCCAGGGUUCAACAGCUCCUCCCUCUGUGGGUUCAACAGCUCAUCCCUCUGUACCUCCUCCCAGGGUUCAAUAGCUCCUCCCUCUGUACCUCCUCCCAAGGUUCAACAGCUCCUCCCUCUGCACCUCCUCCCAGGGUUCAACAGCUCCUCCCUCUGUACCUCCUCCCAGGGUUCAACAGCUCCUCUGUACCUCCUCCCAGGGUUCAACAGCUCCUCUCUCUGUAACUCCUCCCAGGGUUCAACAGCUCCUCCCUCUUUACCUCCUCCCAGGGUUCAACAGCUCCUCCCUCUGUACCUCCUCCCAGGGUUCAACAGCUCCUCCCUCUGUACCUCCUCCCAGGGUUCAACAGCUCCUCUGUACCUCCUCCCAGGGUUCAACAGCUCCUCCCUCUGUACCUCCUCCCAGGGUUCAACAGCUCCUCCCUCUGUACCUCCUCCCAGGGUUCAACAGCUCCUCCCUCUGUACCUCCUCCCAGGGUUCAACAGCUCCUCCCUCUGUACCUCCUCCCAGGGUUCAACAGCUCCUCUGUACCUCCUCCCAGGGUUCAACAGCUCCUCCCUCUGUACCUCCUCCCAGGGUUCAACAGCUCAUCCCUCUGCACCUCCUCCCAGGGUUCAACAGCUCCUCCCAGGGUUCAACAGCUCCUCUGUACCUCCUCCCAGGGUUCAACAGCUCCUCCCUCUGUACCUCCUCCCAGGGUUCAACAGUUCCUCUGUACCUCCUCCCAGGGUUCAACAGCUCCUCUGUACCUCCUCCCAGGGUUCAACAGCUCCUCCCUCUGUGGGUUCAACAGCUCAUCCCUCUGUACCUCCUCCCAGGGUUCAACAGCUCCUCCCUCUGUACCUCCUCCCAGGGUUCAACAGCUCCUCCCUCUGUACCUCCUCCCAGGGUUCAACAGCUCCUCCCUCUGCACCUCCUCCCAAGGUUCAACAGCUCCUCCCUCUGUACCUCCUCCCAGGGUUCAACAGCUCCUCCCUCUGCACCUCCUCCCAAGGUUCAACAGCUCCUCCCUCUGUACCUCCUCCCAGGGUUCAACAGCUCCUCCCUCUGUACCUCCUCCCAGGGUUCAACAGCUCCUCCCUCUUUACCUCCUCCCAGGGUUCAACAGCUCCUCUGUACCUCCUCCCAGGGUUCAACAGCUCCUCCCUCUGUACCUCCUCCCAGGGUUCAACAGCUCCUCUGUACCUCCUCCCAGGGUUCAACAGCUCCUCCCUCUGUACCUCCUCCCAGGGUUCAACAGCUCCUCCCUCUGCACCUCCUCCCAGGGUUCAACAGCUCAUCCCUCUGUACCUCCUCCCAGGGUUCAACAGCUCCUCCCUCUCUACCUCCUCCCAGGGUUCAACAGCUCCUCCCUCUGUACCUCCUCCCAGGGUUCAACAGCUCCUCCCUCUGUACCUCCUCCCAGGGUUCAACAGCUCCUCUGUACCUCCUCCCAGGGUUCAACAGCUCCUCCCUCUGUACCUCCUCCCAGGGUUCAACAGCUCCUCCCUCUGUACCUCCUCCCAGGGUUCAACAGCUCCUCUGUACCUCCUCCCAGGGUUCAACAGCUCCUCUGUACCUCCUCCCAGGGUUCAACAGCUCCUCCCUCUGUACCUCCUCCCAGGGUUCAACAGCUCCUCUGUACCUCCUCCCAGGGUUCAACAGCUCCUCCCUCUGUACCUCCUCCCAGGGUUCAACAGCUCCUCCCUCUGGUUCAACAGCUCAUCCCUCUGCACCUCCUCCCAGGGUUCAACAGCUCAUCCCUCUGUACCUCCUCCCAGGGUUCAACAGCUCCUCCCUCUGUACCUCCUCCCAGGGUUCAACAGCUCCUCCCUCUGUACCUCCUCCCAGGGUUCAACAGCUCCUCCCUCUGUACCUCCUCCUAGGGUUCAACAGCUCCUCCCUCUGUACCUCCUCCUAGGGUUCAACAGCUCCUCCCUCCGUACCUCCUCCCAGACCCUAACCCAGCAUGGACAGACCCUAACCCUAAGGGUUCAACAGCUCCUCCCUCUGUACCUCCUCCCAGGGUUCAACAGCUCCUCCUGCCCGCCGUGUCCUCCUCUCUGGAGGCUGCCCGCCGUGUCCUCCUCUCUGGAGGCUGCCCGCCGUGUCCUCCUAGCUGGAGGCUGGCCGGCGUGUCCUCCUCUGGAGGCUGGCCGCCGUGUCCUCCUCUGGAGGCUGGCCGGCGUGUCCUCCUCUGGAGGCUGGCCGCCGUGUCCUCCUCUGGAGGCUGGCCGGCGUGUCCUCCUAGCUGGAGGCUGGCCGGCGUGUCCUCCUCUGGAGGCUGGCCGGCGUGUCCUCCUCUGGAGGCUGGCCGGCGUGUCCUCCUCUGGAGGCUGGCCGGCGUCUGGAGGCUGGCCGGCGUGUCCUCCUCGCUGGAGGCUGGCACCUGCACGUCGUAUCCCCGUGUCUGCAGCUCGCGUCCCGCUCUUGAGCGCGUCUGUAACCUACAACGCCGUCCUGCCAGUGAAGGCGGAUGCUUGUGUCAGUAACCUUGGAUUGGAGGUCAGUAACCUUGGAUUGGAGGUCAGUAACCUUGGAUUGAAGGUCAGUAACCUUGGAUUGGAGGUCAGUAACCUUGAAUUGGAGGUCAGUAACCUUGGAUUGGAGGUCAGUAACCUUGGAUUGGAGGUCAGUAACCUUGGAUUGAAGGUCAGUAACCUUGGAUUGGAGGUCAGUAACCUUGGAUUGGAGGUCAGUAACCUUGGAUUGGAGGUCAGUAACCUUGGAUUGGAGGUCAGUAACCUUGGAUUGGAAGUCAGUAACCUUGGAUUGAAGGUCAGUAACCUUGGAUUGGAGGUCAGUAACCUUGGAUUGGAGGUCAGUAACCUUGAAUUGGAGGUCAGUAACCUUGGAUUGGAAGUCAGUAACCUUGGAUUGGAGGUCAGUAACCUUGGAUUGAAGGUCAGUAACCUUGGAUUGAAGGUCAGUAACCUUGGAUUGGAGGUCAGUAACCUUGGAUUGGAGGUCAGUAACCUUGGAUUGAAGGUCAGUAACCUUGGAUUGGAGGUCAGUAACCUUGAAUUGGAGGUCAGUAACCUUGGAUUGGAGGUCAGUAACCUUGGAUUGGAGGUCAGUAACCUUGGAUUGGAGGUCAGUAACCUUGGAUUGGAGGUCAGUAACCUUGGAUUGGAGGUCAGUAACCUUGGAUUGGAGGUCAGUAACCUUGGAUUGGAGGUCAGUAACCUUGGAUUGGAGGUCAGUAACCUUGGAUUGGAGGUCAGUAACCUUGGAUUGGAGGUCAGUAACCUUGGAUUGGAGGUCAGUAACCUUGGAUUGGAGGUCAGUAACCUUGGAUUGGAGGUCAGUAACCUUGGAUUGGAGGUCAGUAACCUUGGAUUGGAGGUCAGUAACCUUGGAUUGGAGGUCAGUAACCUUGGAUUGGAGGUCAGUAACCUUGGAUUGGAGGUCAGUAACCUUGGAUUGGAGGUCAGUAACCUUGGAUUGGAGGUCAGUAACCUUGGAUUGGAGGUCAGUAACCUUGGAUUGGAGGUCAGUAACCUUGGAUUGAGGUCAGUAACCUUGGGAGGUCAGUAA